GAUAUUUAGCUAUUCCUAAUAGUGGUUUAAUUAAUAAAUACGUAGUGCAAGUGAUAAAGAAGCAGAUAAACUUCCGGAUAAUUCAAUAAUUAAUGAUAAUAACGUGAAAAUUGACAAAAAUCAAAAUAUAAAUUCAGUAGUGAGGUUAAAAAAGGCAAAAAAGUAAUUAAAAAUGUUUGGAGCACAAAAAAACACUUUCGGUCAAGCGACUUCAGGAAGUUUUUUUGGUCAGAGUGCAUUCGCUAAGCCGACAAAUACAUUUGGAAAUAAUACUUUCGGUCAACAGAAUCAGACAGUUUUCGGCGCACAGCAAACAACUGGAGUAGGUGGAGGGCUUUUUGGAUCUACUCCUCAGCAACCGACUCCUGCGCCACAAUCAUCAUUUGGCGGAUUUGGACAGCAAACAUCAAUUUUUGGACAGACAAGUACAACUGGAACUACAUCAUUGUUUGGCAGUCAACCAGCAUCAACAUUCGGAGCACCUAAACAGAUGUUUGGACAGCCACAACAACAACAGCAGCAGCAAGCUGCUCCAUCACUUUUUGGACAGCCUCAACAGCAACAAACAUCAUUAUUUGGACAAACAAGUCAGCCUGCAACUGGAUUAUUUAGUACCAGUACACCAUCAGCAUUUCAGCCAGCAGGAACACAACAGACUGGAACGGCUAUUGCAAAAUUUCAGCCACAACAAGAAACUGAUACUUUAUUAAAAGGACAAACAACAUCUUAUGUACAGACAAAGCAACAAUGUAUUACGUUUAUGAAGGAAUAUGCUGAAAAGUCAUUAGAAGAAUUGAGAUUUGAAGAUUAUUCAGUUAAUAGAAAAGGACCUCAAGCAGGAAAUACUCCAGGACUUUUUGGAGGACAACAAACUAGUAGUGUUUUUGGAGUUCCUCAAACUUCUCAACCUGCUGCAUUUGGAUUUGGACAACAACAACAGCAGCAGCAGCAACAACAACAACCUCAAGCUCAACCAUUAUUUGGUUCAAAUCCAAUGAGUACACCAACUUCAGCUUUUGGACAGACAAAUAAUAAUACAGCAUUUUCAAAUAAUUUAUUUGCAAAGCCAUUGGGUCAAACGCCAGCCACAACUGCAUCAACUUUUGGUGGAUUCGGAACUAAUACAGCAGCUAGUACAUUUGGAGUUGCAAAACCAAUGUUUGGACAGCCUGCACCGACAUCGGCUCCUAAUCUUUUUGGACAGCCAUCAACAAGCACUUUUGGAAGCACUUCAUUCGGUCAACCGACUACAUCAUUAUUUGGAACGGCAGUGACACAAGCAUGGAAUUCUACGGCACCAACAUCGACGGCUACUAACACUCUUUUUGGUGGAAAUGCUGCAAAACCUUUUGGCACAUCGACAUUCGGAACUGCUCCUUCGACAUUCGGUACUCAGCCACAAACUUCUACAUCUGCUGGAUUUCCGUUCGGUCAACAAAAUACAAGCAGUAUAUUUGCUCAAAAACCAGCACAAAACAGUUUUUUUGGGGCUCCGGCACAACAGUCUACAUCUACAAAUGUUACGUUUGGUCAAAAUCAAACUACUGGAGGCUCAUUGUUUGGUCAAGCAGCUCAGCAAAGUGGAGGAUUAUUUGGAUCUUCACAAGUUCCUAACACAAAUACUGGUGGACUAUUUGGAUCUAAUACAACGAAUGCAUUCGGAACGAAUAUGGGAAAUCCAUUUGGCACACAACAACCAUCACUUUUUAAUAAUCAACAAACAUCAAUGCAGCCUCAACAGCAGGGGACUGAGAUUCAUCAAAAGAUUAUUGCACUGACUAGCAAUCCAUAUGGAGAUAGUGAGCUUUUUAAAGGCUUAAAGCAAAGUUCAAUCUCAGAUGAUGCAUUAAAAGCAACAAAUCCAAUUGCUCAAAAAGCUUUAUUGGAAUCAAGUAACAAUUAUAAAAUUUCACCAAAUACGUCAGCAUCAAAGAUAAGAGUUAAGCCAGUCACGACAGUAAUUACAAAGAAGAGCUUAUUUGAUGGAUUAGAGGAAUAUGAUGCAUCACUAGAAGAAAGUUUUACAGUUAAAACGAAUCCAAAGCGUUUAAUUAUUAAGCCACGAUCAUCAGUUGUUCCUGAUAUGAAUAGAACGAAUGAUGCAAGUUUGAUUAGAACUAGAGAAAGUAUAAAGAUUGUUGAAAAAGAGAACAGCAUGCCAAUUGAAACUUUCCAGAAUCAAAUUCCAUUGACUCAAUUUAAUGACAUUGUUGACCAAGAUACAGAUCGUCGUGUUUCAUGGCUUAAAACAGCACCACAAACAAUUCGUUCACGUCCAAAUUUGAGGGAAAUUUCAGCAGACACGACUAUUAAUCAAUUAAUACAGUCGUCAGGCAAGGAUAGUGAAGUAACACCGCCUGCAAAACUUGAUUCCUCAGCAAUUAAUGCAUCAAUAUUAAAUGAGUCGUUCCAUUCGAAUGAUGACUUUACGAGUGAAAAUGAUGUGUCAAUUAUAACUGGAAAUUUAGAGCCACAUCCAACAGGAGUUGUUUUAAGACGUGCUGGAUAUUACACAAUUCCCUCAUUAGAUGAAUUAAUUGAGUAUAUAGACGAAAAUGGUCAGUGUAAAGUUCCAAAUUUUACAAUUGGACGACGUGGAUAUGGAAAUGUCUAUUUUGAUGAGGAAAUUGAUGUAGCUGGCAUGAAUCUUGAUGAGAUUUGUCACUUUCGUAAUAAAGAAAUCAUUUUGUAUCAAGAUGACGAUAAUAAGCCACCCGUCGGUGAAGGAUUAAAUAGAAAGGCACAAGUUACAUUAGAUCAAAUUUGGCCACAUGACAAGCAUACACAUGAUCCAAUUAAAGAUCCCGGUCGUCUUGAAGCUAUUGACUAUGAAGGCAAGAUGAGAAGAAUUUGUGAAAAACGAGGAACGAAAUUUUUAGAAUAUCGUCCAGAAACUGGAUCUUGUGUCUUUAAAGUUGAUCAUUUUUCAAAAUACACUUUAGAUGAUUCUGAUGAAGAAGGCGAGCCACGAGUUGAUCCUAAGAAAGCUCGUAUAACUCCUUUAACAAAUCUUCCAGGAGCUAAAAUGCCGAUGCCUGAAAAAGAAAAAUCUACUGAAAUUCAGCAGGAGGCACCGUUAAGAAUGAAGCAACAAGAGCAAACAUUCAUUCUUGGACCUCAUUUGGGACAAAAAGGAUUUCAAUCUAACUUCAGCAUGAACUUUGAAGAUUCUUUUAGUCAAGAACCAACAAGUCCAUCAAUCAAAUUAGCCAAAGAAAUGCAAACUGAUACUCACAAAUUGCAAUUAAUGAAAGCUUCAUUUUUCGUCGAGGAUGAUUAUGAGACACAAUCAAUUAUGAGUGAUGCAACAGAAGGACGUGAAAGUCCAGAUCAAAUUGUUCCAUCGACAUUAAUUCAAAAAAGUGCAUUUGCAUCGACUGGAUUUUUAUUAUCAAAGCCUACAAGGACACAUGAGGAAGAACUUAUCAUGUCUGGUUCUGAAUAUUCCGAUCAUGUUGAAAAGACUGUAGAACCAAGACGUCAAGAGCUUAUUAAAACGGAAAUUCUUAAAUCUAUUGGACCAAAGUCACAGCCAUUAAUUGUUCGUCCACGAGUUAUGCUAUUUGACAUUAGUGACAUAAACUUGCCAUCUAAGCAGUCAAUACUUAGUGAUGUUAUCGAGAAGAAGAAUAAUACAGUUCCGUUCUUUAAUGGAAGAAGAUUUAAAGUUUGCUGGACACAUAAUAAUCAAUUUACAACCUUAAGUUCAAGUUCAUCAAACUCAGUAUUUGAUGGACGUUCUCAAAAUGAUUUCACUAAGACUGUCAUCAAGAGGGCACAGAUUAAGUCAAUGUUCCAUAAUACAAAUGAAAAUUUCAAGAAAUCAACGAUUGAGCAUUUAAAGAUCCAGUUGAAACACAAUAAGAGAAUCAAUGAUUAUCGAGAAUCAAGUGGAGGAACUACGGCAUUAAGAGAACAUUUUGAAAUGUCAUUAAAACUUGCCAAAGAUCAUGCAGAUGAUAAAAAUAAUUUUGACUCAACAAUUUGGUCAUUAAUGGAAUCACUUUGGGGGCAUGUAGAAGAUAUAAAUAUGGAUGCACAAGAUCAUACAAGUAUUAUGGUUAGAAGAGAUCUUUUAUCGUCGUGGUGUGAGAAUGUUGUCACCGACAACGAUGCAUUAAAGUCUAAUCAGGAUUAUUUGGAUCGUUUAAUUAAUUUAAUGAUGUGCCAUAAAGUAAAUGAUGCAUGUGAUUUGGCAUUCGAGAAUAAUGACAUAAAUUUAAGCAUGUUGAUUGCACAGUCUAGUGGAAGUAUAUCAUGUAAACAAUUGAUUCAACAUCAGUUGUCAUGUUGGCGUCAAGUUGAGGCUGAUGAAUUUAUGGAUGAGCGUCGAUUAAAGAUUCUUAUGAUGAUUGCUGGAAUUCCGGCAAUGGAAGGUCCAAAAAAUACGACAUUGAAUGUCUUUGAGGAUUAUAACUGGCUGAAAUGUUUAGCACUACAAUUAUGGUACAUUUCAUCUUGUGUCUCAUCAGUUACUGAUUCUAUUCUGGCAUAUGAACAAAAUUCAUUAAAUGAGGAUGCAAAUGUUGCAUUGCCAGUUCCUUCAUACUAUAAAUCUGAAGAUUCAAUGAAUUGCAAAUUUUAUGAUAUUCGAUUCCAUUUAAUGAAAUUGUACAGUCAAAGAAGUCAUUCAUUGGAAGUGCUUUUGAAUCCAGCAAAUUACACUAAAGACUUGAUGGACUAUCGUUUAUCAUUUUUCGUCCUGCAGAUCUUAGAAACUCUUGGAUAUCAUCAUAUAAGCGAAUCGUGUCGUCUUAAAAUUUUAACAUCAUUUGCUGAUCAAUUAGAAACUAAUGGACUGUGGGAAUGGUCAAUAUUUGUUAUGCUGCAUAUUGCUGAACAAAAUUACAGGGAAAAGGCAAUUCAUCAGCUGCUGUAUCGUUAUAUUAAAAUUGAUGAUGAGCUUAAUAGUGAAUAUUCAGCAAAGGAGAAGUUUAUACUUGAAGAUUUAGGAAUAUCUGAAAAAUGGAUAUUUUGGGCAAAAUCUAUUCGUGCACGAUCAUUAAAUAACCAUCAAGUUGAACUCAAAUAUUUACUUAAAGCACAGCAGUGGUCGCAGGCGCAUGAUGUUUUAAUGAAACAUAUUGCACCAGAUUUAUUGAUUAAUGAUCAAAUUGAUUACUUGAAGUCACUGCUUAAACAGUUUGAGAAUACUAAGGAAAUUCAGCAUUGGAAGGUUCAAGGACAAAUUUUACUCAACUUUAUUGAACUGAACGAAAGUUUUUCAUCGCUUAAUACUGCGGUUAAUAUAGACGAAGAUCAGUUCCUUCAACGACUUAGUCCUUUAUUAUCAGACUUGUGCUCGAGUAUCAAAUUAUUCCCAUGUCCAACAUCAAAACAUCGUUUAUGUCAAUGCGAAAUAGCAAAGCAGUUAGCAUUCAUCAUUAGAAAUUUCUAUGCAACAUCCAAUGCUUAUGGAAAUCAAGCAUUCUCAAUGAUAAGGACAGCACUAGAGAAAUUGCCACUUCCGCAAGAGUUUGCACAACAAGAGCUAAGACACGUGUUGGCAACCUUCUUAAUGGAAAGAUUAACAACAAAUUAAAUAAUAUAAAUCAACCGAUCCUAACUCUUAUUACUUAUUAUUAAUUAUCAUUACAAAAU